AUGGUCUUCACCAUCUUGGUGAUGGGCACCUACUGGGUGACGGAGGUGAUUCCCUUACCCGCCACGGCACUCAUCCCAAUGGUUGUCUUCCCUGUCUUUGGUAUCCGAGACACGGACACCGUGGUCCAGCAAUACUUCAAGAGUGUCACCUUCUUGAUCUUUGGGGGCCUGGUCCUCGCUGCUGCCAUUGAGCAUCAAAACCUACAUCGUCGUUUCGCUCUCCGAGUCUUGCUCCUGUUCGGUACCGAUCCUAAGAGGUUGUUACUAGGCUUUAUGAGUGCUACAGCCUUUCUGUCAGCAUGGAUGAAUAAUACAGCUGUCACGGCAAUGAUGCUUCCCAUCGCACGAGCCGUGCUCGAUGAGAUCGGUGAGCAGGGCAUCAAGGAAGAACACGAGAUGGAAGACGACCUCGAAGGAAAGGCGGAAGACAAGCUUAUCAACCAAGAUGAUUUGUCAUCGGACAAACAUACAGGAAAGAGAAACGGUGAUGAAUCACAAAGCGAUGGGCAUGCAAACCCCUCCUCGUUCAAACAAGGCAGACGCCACCUACGCCUGCGCAAGGCUGUCAUAUUAUGUAUCCCGUAUGCGGCCAAUGUAGGCGGGACUGGAUCUUUAGUCGGUACCCCUCCGAACGUAGUCUGCGUGGCUGUUGUUGAGAGUCUAUUCGGAAAGGAGACAGGUCUACACUUUGGAAGUUGGACACUCUACUGCUUCCCUCAGAUGGUCGUCUGCAUCCUAGUCAUUUGGUUGUGGCUACAGUACAUGUAUCUACCUCGCAGGUAGUUAACAAGCAAUCCACGUAAUCUGAAAAUUUACGUUUUUAACUGCUCACGCUUUCGAGAAAUCAACUUCAGAACAAUUUCACUACCAUAUUGC